CCCGCGCGCGCGCUCCUCCGCCUAAGCUAAAAUCGCGAACGCGAGCGCCCCUUCGCACGCACCCAGCGCCACCCGCAGUAGCAAAGAGGCAGAGCAUGGUAUUAUUCUAUUCGCCGCGCGAGAGCCAGCCAAAGCAGAGCGCGUCGUCCUCCUCCUCCACCGCUCUCCGCCUGCCUACCCACGUCGCUUCGCGUGCUGCUUAGUCCCGCCAAAAGGCGGGGGGAGGGAGGGGAGGGAGGCGCGUGCCUGCCCCGAUCGCUCGCUUGCGUCUGCGUGUUUGCGUUUGCGCUCGCGUCGCCCAGCAAGGAAGAAGAGGUCGUGCGUGCCCUGUCCUCCCCCGCGCGCGGCCUGCUGCCUCCUGUCCGUCCACCGGGAGAUCUCUCGCCGGGCUCGGCCUGCUUUGGCUUUGGCUUUGGCUUUGUCCGCGAUGAGCUGCGGGGGUGCGGGGCAGAGCGGGUGGUUGCUCGAGUACGGGCUGGAGGAGAUCCAGAGCUCCGACUUCAUCUACAUGGCCGGCGACCCCGCCGUCUCCAGCGUGCUGCUGGGGUUCGACGUUCCCAGGAAGGAGGACGGCGGCCAGGACACCUCUGCUUCCAAGAAAAGAUCCCGUCCAGAGUCGAGCGCACCGCCGGGCACCAAGGCUUGCCGCGAAAAGCAACGGCGAGACAGACUCAAUGAAAGGUUUAACGAGCUCAGCGCAAUCUUGGAGCCCGGGAAGCCGCCGAAGGCCGACAAGGUCGCCAUCCUGAGCGACGCCGCCCGUCUCCUGGGCCAGCUGCGCGCGGAGGCUCAGAAGCUCAAGAGCUCGAACGAGUCGCUCCAGGACUCCAUCAAGAGCCUCAAGGCCGAGAAGUCGGAGCUGCGAGACGAGAAGACGAGGCUGAAGGCCGAGAGGGAGAGGCUGGAGCAAAUGCUCAAGGGCGUCGGCGGCGUGCCGCAUCCCGCCGCGGCCGCGCCGGCGUUCCACCCGGCGGCGGCGUUCGCGCAGGCCGGCGGCAAGUACGUCCCGUACGCCACCAGCUACCCGCCGCCGGCCGCGUUCUGGCAAUGGAUACCGCCGACGUCCCUCGACACGUCGAAGGACCCCGUGAUGUGGCCGCCGGUUGCAUGACCAGUUUGUGCUGCUGCUGCUGCUGCUGCUGCUACGUCGAUCGCAUAAAAGUGCCGUAGAAAUUGACCAAAAGAGCGCCUGAAUAUGCGCCUUGUGUAGUGGAUAAAUGAUCAACGAUCACGGGUCAUCUGAAGAAAUUUCCUGGUGACCGUUGCUCGCUGGAGCAGUCUAUGUAGUAUGUAACAACCCAAUUUAAAGUAAUUAAGGCAAUUAUGAUCGCAUGAAGUUGGUGUUU